CUGGUAGCUAAAACAAUGCUCAAAUAUAUUAUUCUAUCCAUUGCAAUAUUGCCGUUUGUCCUUUGUGACAAGGUCAAGAUGGACGUGUAUAUCAUGUCUCGCUGCCCAGAUGCGGCAAAGGCAAUGAGGGACAUGGCAGCAGUAUAUUACGAUAACCACUCGGCAGUCGACCUUAGAGUGAACUACAUUGCGACGCCUAAUGGUAAUGCCACAUAUGGCGCCAGCUGUUUGCACGGCGAUAUUGAGUGCCUUGGAAAUAUCCAGCAACUGUGCGUGCAAGAAAAGUCAACGACCGACGACACUCUGGACUUCGUUCUCUGCCAGCAAAAGAAAGUCGAGCAGAUCGGCACAUGGUUGCAUUUCGCGAGCUGUCUGCGGCCACUCUCGCAUUGGCAGCAGAUUGUCCGCUGCGUGGCUACCGACGAAGGCAAAAAGCUGUUACGAAAGAGCGCUGAAUACAGUGUGCAGCACAAUGCUAAGACGUCGUUGACGUUCCAGCUCAACGGCAGCCAGCGAUGCGUGUUCGAUCAGGGCGCAUGGAAGCAGUAUGACGAGGACUGUCCGGGCGGAUACAGCGUGCCAAUGUUCUCCAAGAGCAUCAAGAGCCUGUCGGUAUCUAAAUAGAGAUUUGUAGCCGCUAUCCCAAGAAAAACCUCCCACGGACAAGUGAAGGCCAACUUAACAAAG